UUCACUCUCUGUCUAGAUCCCAUAAUCUUUUCAGUGCAAGCUUAGAUUAAAAAAAAAGGCAAAAAGACCAACCUCGGUAGCCAUGGCUGAGUAUCAGCAGCAAAACUUGCAGUAUCCUCAGCAGCAACCCCAGACUGAUAACUACAACAAUUACUUUCAGGACAACCAUCCUUCGACCUCGAAAGUUCUCGCAGUUGUCACCCUCCUUCCUGUCGCUGGCACCCUUCUGGGGCUUGCUGGUUUGAGCCUAGUUGGAACCCUCAUAGGGCUUGCCUUCGCCAUUCCGCUUUUCCUGCUGUUUAGCCCCGUUUUGGUCCCCGCUGCUCUCGUCAUUGCCGGUUCCGUAGCCGGGUUCUUGACCUCUGGAGCCUUUGGGAUCACCGGACUUUCAUCACUCUCGUGGAUUGUCAACUAUCUUCGUGGAACGCGGGGCUCUAUGUCUCAGCGGCUAGACCAUGCAAAGCGGCGGGCGUGGGAAACGGCUGGAAAUAUAGGCCAGAGGACCACGGAUGUGGGUCAGAAAAACCGGAAUAGGAGCCAAGAAGGAGGAAGGACGACCUAGGAGGGUGCCGGAGAUCAGGAAAGUGGCAAGACCCAAGAAGCCGUAAAGAAGUAGGGAGGCCCAUUGGGUUUUGUUUCUUUGAGUUCAGGUUUGAUCGUGUAGCAGUUGGGUCAUGCUUAAAAGUAUAUAUAGUGGGUAGACAAAGCUAGGGAAAAAAUAAUUUAAGAAGGUGCCCCUUUCUUCCUGCUUUGUUGAUGUCCUGUAACCAUCACUUUGUUUUCAAAUAAACUGCUUUCUAGUCUUUCCUUUGCUA